GUAUCAGAUAUGCACAUCAGUAAAUUUCUGGAUCCUACACGAGCUUCUGAUUUUGAAAAGUUCUGUGUGGAAGCAAUUCCUGUAAUUCAACCUGCACUUACAUUAGUAACAGGUGACCUGACUGAUGGAAAAACAAAGGAUAAACUUGGGUCUGAUCAGUUUGAGGUGGAGUGGCAAACUUACCAGACAAUCCUAAAAAGGACGAAGGUCAUGGAGAUAACCAAAUGGAUAGACAUAAAAGGGAAUCAUGAUACAUUCAAUGUUCCAAGCUUGGAGAAUGUCAAGAAUUACUACAGGAAAUACUCUGCCUGGCAGAAGGAUGGCUCCUUCCAUUACAUCCACACCACACCUUUUGGCAAAUAUUCUUUCAUCUGCAUGGAUGCAACUCUCAAUCCAGGCCUCAAGAGACCCUACAAUUUCUUUGGGAUACUAAAUGAGAAUAAAAUGGAAGAGUUGUCUUCACUGGUGGCAGAAAGUCGUGACAGUAACCACAGCAUUUGGUUUGGCCACUAUCCCACCUCAUCAAUCAUCUCUAGAUCUCCAGGAAUACGAAUGGCAAUGCGUUCCGCCACAGCUUAUUUGUGUGGGCACUUCCAUACAUUGGGUGGUCUGGUCCCCGCCCUACAUACUCGUCACCAUCAUGGCACUUUAGAACUGGAGCUCGGAGACUGGAAGGAUAAUAGGAAGUACCGGAUUCUCGCUUUUGAUCAUGACCUCCUCAGUUUUGCUGAUCUGAAGUUUGAAGAAUGGCCUGCAGUUCUUAUCACCAAUCCCAAAUCAUUUCUCUAUAGUAGCUCUGUUCAUGAACCAUUACAAAGAAUCCUUCAUUCUACCCACAUCAGAGUUUUGGCCUUCUCUCCGUCUCCUAUCGAGUUUGUCAAAGUUAGUAUUGAUGGUGUUCAUUUGGGUGAUGCUGUUCAGGCAUCUGGACCACUUUACACACUGAAAUGGGCCCCCAAAGACUACAGUCAAGGGUUUCAUCAGAUAGAUGUAACAGUUCAGGAUGUCAGUGGUAAGAGUGCUACUCAGUUCCAUACAUUUGCUAUGGAAGAAAAUCUGUCCCUCAAGUUUGGCCUUCUGGCAUCUUGGCUUCUUCUUACUGACCAUUAUAUAUGGGUUCAAGCAGUGUUUGUGAUAACCACUGUAAUUCAAAUUGUCCUGUUGAUUAUUUUCCGGUACCGAGGAAAGCCUACACUUAAAAAACCUCUGGGUGUAGCAGUACAGACCACCCUUUCUCUUCAUGUCCUGAGCAAAACAAACUUCUUAUAUUACUGGUUCCUGCUGCUGAGUUUGUAUACUGUUCUAGGACCCUGGUUUAUUGGUGAGAUGAUAGAUGGUCAUAUGGGCUUCUGCUUUUCCUUUGGGGUAUUUCUUGAUGGCCAUUUCUUUCAAGGCAGUAUAACCUUCCUAGUCGGAGUUAUGCAGGUGCUGUUUUUUAACCUACCGUUGAUGGCAUAUACAUGUUGGUGUUUGUUGAUGCGUUGCCAAGGGCAUUGCUUCAGCUCCCAUCUUUAUCGUGCCAAAUGGUAUUGGACUGUGCCUACCCACCUAAUCAUGGCACUCCUAUUUUUCUGGCAGGUAUUUUCCUGCUAUUUCCUGCUGCAGACAUAUGGAAUUACAGCUUUUUUCCUCUCUCCAUUGAGAACUUGGAUUGUGGGACUAACCCUCCUUCUGGUCUACAGGACCUGGACGCUCCAGUCCUCUGUACUGAGAACCUUUAUUGUGGAAAUGAAAAACUACCAAAGUUCUUAAUAGCUCCUCUACAGGGAAUUGAAGUAACCUUUCACCUAGACUGUUAUGUGGUGAAGCUGUGAACUACAUAUUUGUAUGACUGAUACCAGUGCAACCUGGACAAUUGAAUGUGGAGGCUUAGAGCUGUCCUGAAAUUACUUCUGUACUGCGUUAUAAUAGGACUUUUACCAACCCCUCUUAAGCGGAUCUACAGCACCUGCCUCAAGAGCUACUUCUUUAUUAUAUUUGUUAAUAUUUGUUUUGAAUUGCUGUCACUUUACUGCUAAACAAAGAUCAUAAGGAGAAUAUGGUGAUUAACUGUAAUUCUAUUUUUCAGUGUUUACAUAUGGAGUGUCACACCUUAAUAUGGAAGCAGCCGCUAUUUGGACAGUAGUAACAGAACAUAGUCACCGUUCAGGGCCUAAAAAUAUAUAAUCCCUUCCAUCUUUCUGCUAAGAGCAGACCCUUCCCCUUCCCCACACCCAUUUUAAAAACCGGUUUUGAAACUAUGUAGGCUUUUAAAAAUAUGAAUUUGUAUACUCCCAAUUA